UUUAAAUUGUGUUCGAAAUUUGUACACAACUUGUAAAACUACGCUACAAAUUAUAAUAAAUUUUCACUUACGCUCACACGACGUGCGCGAGGAAAAACAAAAAGUGUACAUAAUACCAACAAAAAAAAAAAAAAUCGCAGACAACGACAAGAAAAACUUAAUUUGGGAAGGCAGGGAACGCAACCAGCAAGCAAAAAAAAGAAAAUAAUAAUAACCUCCAACUGAAGGCGUUUUUCGGCUAAGUUCGCCAGCAGUUAUUCGCUUGGCGAUCUAAACACAGGGUAGAGCAACGAGUUCCACUGGCUGUGGCUGGAGCUGUUGUUGUUGUGGUUGUUGUCGUCGCUUUGGCAUUCAUCUGGGCAACGUAUUGUCGCCGGUGACCGCAAGACUGGGCAAAAUUAUGAACUUGUGCUCCUCGUCUGGUGCAACAGCAUCGAAUACAUCGCUAUCGUCCACAGGGCAUCCGGAGAGUAACGGCAGCGGUCCAUCGGAGGCGACACAUUGCUUUGGCGGCGGCGGCGGAGGCGGUGGCAACAACGCUGGCGGUGGCAGUGGCACAGAUACAGCACCCAACAGUAACAAAGGCACACUCAACGGUGGCGGCAGCGGCGGUGGCGGCGGCGCUAAUCCGGCGAGCAGCAACGGUCACAGCCUGACACACAACAACGAAAACAACGGAAACAUGCCGCCCGAGACGCGUCCCAAAAUGGUGACGGUCAAGCAUCCGGAAUCAAAUAAACCCAAGCCCACCACCAAGAAGAUUGUCAAGAAUAUCCAGGCGGAUCAGGAUGUGAUCAAGGCACUGCAACGUUGCCGAGACGAAGGCAUCAAGCGUCUGGACCUGAGCAAAUCCUCCAUCACUGUGCUGCCCAAUACGGUUAGGGAGUGCGUGCAUCUCACCGAGCUGUACUUGUACAGCAACAAGAUUGGACAGCUGCCCACAGAGAUUGGUUGCCUGGUGAAUUUGCGUAAUCUGGCCUUGAAUGAGAACUCGCUGACAUCGCUGCCCGAAUCAUUGAAGCAUUGCACACAGCUCAAGGUGCUCGAUUUGCGGCACAACAAACUGGCCGAAAUACCAUCGGUCAUCUAUAGACUUCGCUCGUUGACGACGCUCUAUCUGCGCUUCAAUAGAAUCACAACGGUGGCGGAUGAUCUGCGCCAGCUGGUCAAUCUUACAAUGUUGAGUCUGCGCGAGAACAAGAUCAAGGAGCUGGGCAGCGCCAUUGGUGCGCUGGUCAAUCUGACCACACUGGAUGUGUCACACAAUCAUUUGGAGCACCUGCCCGAGGACAUUGGCAACUGUGUGAAUCUGAGUGCGCUCGAUUUACAGCACAACGAACUGCUGGACAUACCCGACAGCAUUGGCAAUCUGAAGUCGCUGGUGCGUCUCGGGCUGCGCUACAAUCGCCUAAACUGUGUGCCCGUCUCGCUGAAGAACUGCAAAAGCAUGGACGAGUUCAACGUGGAGGGCAAUGGGAUCACCCAGCUGCCGGAUGGCAUGCUGGCCAGCUUGAGUGCAUUGACCUCGAUCACAUUGUCGCGCAAUCAGUUCACCAGCUAUCCGACCGGAGGUCCGGCACAGUUUACAAAUGUGUACAGCAUCAAUUUGGAGCACAAUCGCAUUGACAAGAUACCGUAUGGGAUAUUCUCGAGGGCCAAGGGCUUGACCAAGCUGAACAUGAAGGAGAAUAUGCUGACCGCCUUGCCGCUGGAUGUGGGCACCUGGGUGAAUAUGGUGGAACUGAAUUUGGCCACCAAUGCGCUGCAGAAACUGCCCGAUGAUAUCAUGAAUUUGCAAAAUCUGGAAAUACUCAUACUGUCCAAUAACAUGCUCAAGAAGAUACCCAAUACGAUUGGCAAUUUGCGCAAAUUGCGCAUUCUGGAUCUGGAGGAGAAUCGCAUCGAGGUGCUGCCCCAUGAGAUUGGCCUGCUGCACGAGCUGCAGCGUCUGAUUUUGCAAACCAAUCAGAUAACAAUGUUGCCCCGCAGCGUUGGCCAUUUGAGCAAUCUGACACAUCUGUCGGUAAGCGAGAACAAUCUGCAGUUUUUGCCCGAGGAGAUUGGCUCCUUGGAGAGCCUGGAGAACCUUUAUAUCAAUCAGAAUCCAGGGCUGGAGAAGUUACCCUUCGAGCUGGCGCUGUGCCAAAAUCUGAAAUAUUUAAACAUUGACAAAUGCCCGUUGGGCACCAUUCCGCCCGAGAUACAAGCUGGUGGACCAUCGCUGGUGCUGCAGUGGCUCAAGAUGCACUCGCCAUACCGGCAAAUGUGAGAUGUGGAUGGCGUCUGGCGCACCGUGUACGUGGGCAGCGAUUGCUACUAUCAGUACGAGCUGCAUACGGGAACGGAGCAACAGACGCAUGCCGGUGGCAAACAGGCGGCAGGCGGGGCAAGCGAACGGCGCUAACGGUGCGAGCUCAGUUAGAGAGUUCUAGUUCUCCACCUGGCUAUGCCUAAUCUCUCCCAGCAUCAAAAUCGAAACACAAUCGAAGACAAGAAAUCAUCGCGUGAGGAGCGGAGUUGCCUGGCAAAUGAUAGCUUUAAAAUGUUAUACCAAUGUCCCGCGUAUUGUAAAACUGCCCCGAUUUGCUUUUACCUUUAAGUUGAUGUUUGAUGCUGCUUAGCGACAUGAUAUGAUAUGAUUAUUUGGUUCUCAACGUUUAGGUUUUAGUUUAAUGCUUCCAAGCUAGUCAUAAACACAACAAACAAAUCAUUGAACGAAAACUACACUAAAUGAAAUUAAACUAAAUGAAAUUAAAUACUAAACCUUAGACUUUUUUGCGUUCGAUACUCGUUUAAAGACAUUUACAAACUUAUCUGUCACAAAGGAAAGCUAAAUCGAAUGUUCAAACCAUACAAAAAAUACGCAAGCGCCAAGGAAUUGUUUAAAAAAAAAAAAUAAUAAUAAAAAAA